AUGCAAACUGCAGCCUUCUUGCCCACGUGCACAGGCAUGCACAGCACUCAGCGGAUGUUCGGCUGCGAGAUCAGGGAAGACGGCCAUACCAGCAGCCUCUGGCAGUUUGGCUUUGAUGAGCGCUGCUAUGCUGAGUAUGACAAGGCCUACCUGGAAGGCCUCUGCCUCAUUUCCCUGUGCAGGUACCUGGAGCUGGGAGGCCAGAGCCUCACCCGGAAAGAGCCGCCCACAGUGCAAGUGACAGGACACACAGCCCAGGAUGGGGGCAUCACACUGAAAUGCUGGGCCCGGGGCUUCUACCCACGGGACAUCUCACUGAGCUGGUGGCUGGGUGAGGAGGAGCUGGUUCUAGAGACUGAGUAUGUGGCGACAGGCCCCAGUGGAGAUGGCACCUACCAGACGUGGGUGGCGGUGCGGGCGCCAGCCAGGAUGGAGGACCGGUACACUUGCCAUGUACAGCACUCUAGCCUGAACCAUAUUCUCACUGUGGCCUGGGCAACUACGCGCCACCGCAAGCCCCACCCCACUACGUUUCUGCAGCCCACGCCCCCUCCCCCGAGCGCGGCCUCUGAGACGUUCUUACUACCACAGAGGUCUCCGGCUAGAAGGGCCGGAAGUGCACCAGAGCUCGAGCUUGGCUGCCGCACCCCCCCUCUUUUGGGUCGGUUCCUGGGACGGCUGAGUCUGGACCGAGGGCUUUCGCGCCUUGAGCUGGAAAAAGCCUGA